GAGUGAGUCAUCCUGUCGAGACGCCGCCACAAGGCCUAGGACAGCAGCGGCCACAGACACGCAGCCCAUCGCAGCCACACGCCGAUGCCGACGAUAGCCCACCAAGUGAGUGAGUGACGCAAUGCACCAAACAUGAGACACAUAUACACACAUGCAUCCCGGCCAUCAUUUGCAGCGUCCGAUGGUUACUUUGCAGCGUUGCGCCGCGAGCUGUACCAGCUGUGCGAGCGGCCGAUGAUGGACAAGGCCUUCUACACCAAACGGUCAGCCAGCCUCAGAGCCCUGGAAUGUGUGUCUCUCUGUGUGUGUCCCACAACAGCUUGUCUCGCAGCAUGUUUGCCCCACAACCCAACAAGGCCACUGCACAGCCGCCGAUGCCAUCGGUGCGUGAGGCCGACCACCCGCUUGCAGCGUCUGCACAUGAUCAGUGGAACGAUGAGGGUCGCUAUCCCAUGUCACCACUCAUGCACAUGCACUCGUCUGCUGACGGCCUCAACGUGGACGACCGCCGCCCACGGCCGCACCAACACACAGGGUAUACACAUGCGCACAGACAGACAGGGACGGAGGUAGUGAGGAAAUACAGAGAGACACACCCUGUUUGCCUGUUGGUUUGGUCGUGUCAGGUCUGUCGGCUUUCGCCAGCUCGCCAGUUCGUCAUCAGACUCGUUCCGCCUCAACCAACACAACAAUGCCAACCCAAACAUGAGUAUGCAGGUCGGUCAGUCAGUCAGUCAGUCAGCCCACCAGCAUCAACAUCUCUCUCUAUCUGUCUCUCUCAGGGCGAGUGGAGUUCGUCGCUGCCACGCCAUGAUGCCUUACGUCGACUCGACGCCAGUCCGGCCCAUUCUUCCUCAAGCCACGACAAUUCCGAUACAUGAACGGCUGUCUGUGUGUGUGAGUGGAGACGGACCGACGAUGAUGACUGAUAUGGAUGGAUGGAUGGAUGGACGUGUCUGUGUGUUGGGGACACAUAAUUG